UUAUGAUUAAUAAAGAUGUUACUCAUCCAAGAAUGAGAAGAGAAAUUAAAAAUCCAAGAAUAAUUUUAUUAGAUUGUACAUUAGAAUACAAAAAGGGAGAAUCUAUGACUAAUAUGGAAAUGACAAAAGAAUCAGAUAUGACUGAUGCACUUUAAUAAGAAAUUAAUGAAGUUGCAUUAAUGUGUAAUGAUAUUUUAAAACAUAAACCUGAUAUUGUUAUUACAGAAAAAGGAGUAUCUGAUUUAGCAUAACAUUUCUUAUUAAAAGGAAAUGUUUCUGUAAUUAGAAGAGUCAGAAAAACAGAUAAUACUAGAAUAGCAAGAGUAUCUGGAGCAACAAUAGUUAAUAGACCAGAAGAAAUAUAAGAAACUGAUAUUGGUACAUUAUGUGGAACAUUUGAAGUUAAAAAAAUAGGAGAUGAUUAUUUUGCUUUCUUUGUUGAUUGUCAAAAUCCUACUGCUUGUUCUAUCAUAUUGAGAGGAGCUUCAAAAGAUGUUCUAAAUGAAAUGGUAUCUUAUAUAAUGUAUUAAUUAAAUAGGAAAGAAAUUUACAUGAUUGUUUAGCUGUGGCUAAGAACAUAUAUUAGGAUCCAAAAUUGGUGCCAGGAGGUGGAGCUGUUGAAAUGGAAGUUAGUGCUAGAUUGUUAGAAAAGGCUAAUAAAGUAGAAGGAUUAGGUUAAUUACCUUAUAAAGCAGGUAUAUUUAAUUAAUCAUAUUCUAGUUGCUUAUGCCUUAGAAAUAAUUCCAAGAACUCUUUCAGCUAAUUGUGGAGCUGACACUGUUAGAGUAUUGACUGAAUUGAGAGCAAAACAUAGUGAAACUGGAGGACUUUAUUUUGGAGUUGAUGGAAAUACUGGAAAAAUUGCCAAGAUGAAUGAUAUUAAUGUUUGGGAACCCCUUUCAGUAAAAAAGUAAGUUAGAUAGAGUUAUUUAAUUUAGAUAAGUUUUUAAGACAGCUAUUGAAUCAGCAUGCAUGUUAUUAAGAAUAGAUGAUGUUGUUUCUGGAAUAAAAAAGAAAUAAUAAUAAUCAGGACGUUAAGGAGGGGAAGAAGAACCUCAAGAAACUUUUGGAGAUUAAAGAGAUGGAUGA